CAUCACAGGCGUCAAUUGGCGAAAUAAAAGGCAUUUGUCAAUCAGUUUGUGGCCAGAGUAUCAAGUCGACCAGACACUCGACUACACCAAACCGGAAAGAGAUAGUUAAAAUAAAGAUUAGAGAAUGGUUGAGGAGAAAAUGGAUAUUGACUUAGUGGCCAUUGAUGUGGGCAAUUGGAGGCGUUUGGCGAUACUUUAUCCCACCCCAGCGACCAAUUGGAGGAAGGUUGCGUUCGUGGUGUCCGUUUGUGUGCUGCUCGUAAUGCAGUUCUUCGAUUUGCUGCGCAUAUGGGAGGAUCUGCCCGCAUUCCUGCUCAAUCUCUACUUUUUCGCGGGCAUUUUGUGUGGAAUGGUGCGAACACUGCUGGUCAUCCGGAAUCAUAAGGAGUUCGAGAAUUUUCUCCUUUUCGUGACGCAUCUAUAUCGCCAGAUUGAGGCAUCGAGCGACGAGCGCAGCCAGCAAUUGCUAGCAACGGUAAAGCGGAAGGCACGUCAAAUAGCCAUCAUCAACUUGAGCGUCGCCUUUUUGGACAUUACGUGCACGCUAAUCUUUGGCUUAUUUCGCAAGGAGCGGAUACAUCCUAUUGAAGUUGCACUGCCUCUGGUGGACAUGCAACGGAGCCCCACCUAUGAGAUAGUCUAUUUGCUGCAGGUACCCAUGCCCGUGGUACUCUCCUUGUUGUACAUGCCCUUUACCAGUCUGUUUGCCGCAUUCGCUCUCUUUGGCAAGGCAAUGCUUCAGAUUUUGAGUUACAAGCUAACGCGCAUUGUACUGCUUCCCGAGGAGGAGCAGCGCUAUCAGAUGCUAACUGCCUGCAUACGUUAUUAUAUGGCUGUUGCCAGCUAUGUGCGUCAGCUGACAGCAGUUUCCGCCUACGUAAUGGCUACCGAAGCAAUUAUUUUUGUCUCCAUCAUCGCAAUGCAGCUCUUUUGCUUGAAUAUUAUCACUUCGCCCACUAAGAGGAUCUCACUCGUGAUGUAUAUUCUAACUGCGCUCUUUGUGCUGUACACCUCCUAUAAUCGGGCCAACGAUGUGGUUUUUGAGAAUGAGUGUGUCUCGCAGGCGGUGUACAAUGUGCCUUGGUAUGAAUGCGGAGUGCGUUUUCGGAAAACCCUUCUGAUCUUUCUAAUGCAGACGCAAAGGCCUCUGUUGAUAAAAGCGGGCAACGUUUACCCCAUGACUUUGGCCACAUUUCAGAGUCUGCUGAAUACAUCCUAUUCGUACUUUACCAUGUUGCGUGGCAUGACCAACAAAUGAGCUGGAAGCCAAAAACUUUUAGGGACAUGCAACGUGCCCCGUUGCUGGAGAGAAGUGCAAUUGUAUGGCUGGGGGUUGGCAAUCUGAGUAAUGCAAAAAGUUGUUGUACUCGUUGUAGCCCCAGCAUUUGCAUAUGCUACUCGUUUGCGUAGUUAUUUUGAAAGGAUUUAAUCUGGCUGUUUGUAGUGGGACUGUAGAGUAGGUAUGCAGAUAAAGUCGUAUAGUUUCAGUAAUAGUUGUUGCUGUAGUUGUAUUUGUAGUCAUAGUUGUAGUUGGGCAUCUGUGCAAAUAGUUUGUUGCAUUGUAGAGAGGCUGGGCGGCACUUUGUAUCUGUUUACUUUAAGUCUCUUGUAUGCUUAGAAAUAUUUCACUACGUUGUUUUAAGAGUUGCCCAUUGAGCUUGAGCAAAUGAGCUGGACUAUAAAUUAUAAAUUAG